AUGUCAAACUCACUUCAUCUGAAGGAGCAGGGGAACAAAUAUUUCUCCUCCGGCAACUAUGCGGGCGCCGAUAGUCUCUACUCCCAAGCUAUCAUCGCCGACCCGAAGAACCCGGCUCUAUACACCAACCGCGCCAUGGCCCGACUUAAGCUUGACCAGUGGGACUCGGUUAUCACCGACUGCGAGGCCUGUCUGCAGCUGACGCCCGAGAACAUGAAAGCUCGUUAUAUACUGGCGCAAGCGCAGCUCGCUCUUGGCGACUACGAUGCUUCGGUCGCGAAUGCUCUUCACGCGCAUAAGCUAUGCGUCACCACAAACGACCGCUCGCUCGCUGCGCUAACAGCUCUGGUACUGAAAUGCAAGAAAGAGCGCUGGGACCACCUCGAGAAGAAGCGAGUCCGCGAAGCCAAGGACUUGGAGAGGGAGGUGCUGCAGCUUUUGGGCAAUGAGAAAGACAAUGCGCUGGCGGGGACGGAUGAUGCCAUGGAGAGGCAGGAGAUUGAAGAGGAGACAGAUGCCAAAAUCGCAAGGAUGAAGGAUAUCUUCGAGAAGGCAAGGGCCGACUCUGAAAAGCAGCGAGAAGUUCCUGACUGGGCAAUUGAUGAUAUCAGCUUCGGUUUCAUGGUCGAACCCGUCAUGACCAAGACUGGAAAGUCAUACGAGCGAUCAUCCAUCCUGGCACACCUUCGAAUACACCCAACCGAUCCCCUGACCCGCGAGCCCCUCAUUCCCUCCGAAUUACGGCCAAACCUAGCACUGAAGCAGGCGUGCGAGGAGUUCCUCGAGCACAACGGUUGGGCUGCUGACUGGUAG